AGAUUUAACCCAGCUCGGGUCAGUGACGGGCUGAAUCAUGGCGCUGGUGAGCAGGACUGUUUCUCUCUCCUCAGCUCGAUUCUCCUCUAGUUUCAUAUUUAUUCCACAUAAAGUGUGUCUAACUGCUCAUGUCCGGGCGGCCCGACUGAGCGCGGCAGCCACCACCUCCACGUCCGCCUCGCCCGAGGGCCGUAAGAAGGCCAUCGGAGAGGACGACGGACCGAACCUGCAGGACUUCGUAUCGGGGGAUCUGUCGGAGAAGAGCCGAUGGGAGGAGUACCGGGGUCAGCUGAAGCGGCAGAGAGGGGAGCGGCUCCGGUUGCCGCCGUGGCUGAAGACGGAGAUACCCAUCGGGAAGAACUACAACCGGCUGAAGAACACGCUGCGGGAUUUGAACCUGCACACCGUGUGUGAGGAGGCCAGGUGUCCCAACAUCGGCGAGUGCUGGGGCGGCGGGGAGUACGCCACCGCCACCGCCACCAUCAUGCUGAUGGGUGACACGUGCACCCGCGGCUGCAGGUUCUGUUCGGUGAAGACGGCGAGGGCGCCGCCCCCCCCCGACCCCGACGAGCCCCGCAACACCGCCAAAGCCAUCGUGGCGUGGGGGCUGGACUACGUGGUGCUCACCUCGGUGGACCGAGACGACCUCGCCGACGGCGGCGCCGAGCACUUCGCCCAGACCGUGUCCCACCUGAAGGAAAGGAACCCCAAGAUCCUGGUGGAGUGUCUGACCCCGGAUUUCCGAGGGGACCUCUCGGCGGUGGAGAGGGUGGCUCUGUCCGGCCUGGACGUGUACGCUCACAACGUCGAGACGGUGCGAGACCUGCAGAGGUACGUACGUGACCCCCGGGCGAACUUCGACCAGUCACUGAACGUGCUGCGGCAGGCGAAAUCAUCCAAACCCAGCGUGCUCACCAAAACGUCCAUCAUGCUGGGACUCGGCGAGACGGACGCCCAAGUGCACUCUGCUCUGAGAGAGCUGAGGGACUGUGGCGUGGACUGCCUGACCUUCGGCCAGUACAUGCAGCCCACAAAACGACACCUGAAGGUGGAGGAGUACGUCACCCCAGAAAAGUUUGCCUACUGGGAGAAGGUGGGAGAAGAAAUGGGGUUCCUUUACACAGCCAGUGGCCCGCUGGUGCGCUCGUCCUACAAAGCAGGCGAGUUCUUCCUGAAGAACCUGCUGAGGAAGAGGACGGCGGAACACCACGACGGACCGGAAUAAAGACGGAGGUGUGACUAGCCAGGACCAGCACAGAUGAAAUAAUAAUAAUAUUAAUUAGAAUUAAGCGCACAAAUGAAGCAGUUUCACAUCUAGUGCUGGAUUAGAUUUCGGCUGCACUCCCGUCUAGCCGGUGUGUCUGUGGUUGGUGAAACUCUGCAUGUGUUUGUGGGUGUCAGUCACUACAAUCCUCAGUAAAGAAGGAAACACUAUUAUUAUUA